AGGAGACCGAGAUGUACAAAACGGCGUACCUCGCCAGACAAUGUCUGCUUCACCAUUUUCCCAUCCAUUCGCCUCGUCGUCUGAAGUGCAAGCUCCGGUUCGGCUGAGUUUGGACAUUUCAGUUAUUGUGUGGUGUGAAGAGCUUACUUGUCAUUCUUUUCUCGAGCAUCCUAGUACACUCACAGUGCAGCCAUGCCAACCCGCGCAGCCAUGCCAACCCGCGCAGAAGCGAAAAGACAUAUCAAAUCAUUCUGGACCCGACGUCACGUCGCCAGCGAUGCCAUCGAUACCAUCGAUAUUGAGAAUGACAUCAAUCUUCGCGACCUUUCCAAUGCACUGCAAAUCCUUUCUGAUGACCUCUACGGUGAUCUCACUCACUUUUUCUGGGAGUUGCUCCAGAAUGCGGAUGACAGCGAAUAUCCUACAACACCCCGCGUCGACUCCAACUUGACCAGCCGUGAUCUGAGGAGCAACUCCCCGAACGCGGAUGACAGCAAAUGUCCUCCAACACCCCGCGUCGACUUUCACCUGACCAGACGUGAUUUGACUUACAAGACCAACGAAAAGGGCUUCACCAGGGGUGACGUGGAAUCGCUGUGUGCAGUGGGUAACAGUUCAAAGGCAAGUCAGAAUGACACUAUCGGGGAAAAAGGCAUUGGCUUCAAGUCAAUUUUCAAAGUUGCAGACGUUGUUACCAUUCAUUCGGGUGUGUAUUCUUUCAAACUGGAUACGCGACGUCUCGGCAACGUCGGCAUGGUCCUGCCCUUUUGGCUGGAGGACGAAACACACAACUUCCCUGGGACAUCAAUCACCCUGCAAUUCAAGGCCGAUCUUGACAUGUCCAAAUUGCGCUGGCACAUAGCCUCAUUUGAUUUCACCUUCCUACUGUUUAGCCGAAAGAUCAAAGUGAUCAAUUUGCAUGUCUCAGAUAGACAGCCGUUUGAGAAGCUUGGACGGCUCAAACAGUUAGGGACCAAGGGUGAAAGAAUAGAGACAUGGAUCGACGGCCGUCUCCAUGCGAAGAUGGACCAUGUCAUAUUUCGAAGCACAUAUAAGGCCAAGACUCCACGUCGACCUAGCGCUCAAGUUCAGCCGGGCAGCGAUGAAACGACAAUUGUGCUUGCUUUCCCACACAAGGACCACAAACCCCUUGUCAAACGCCAAAAGGCCUAUGCAUACCUACCGGUCAAUUCUUUUGGAUUUCAGUUCAUUAUUCAUGCAGAUUUUGUCUUGACUGCCAAUCGAAAAAAUAUUGAUGGCGACCGAAGAUGGAAUAUAUUCCUCCAGAGGUGUUUGCCCGAGGCGCUCUCCUCUGCUUUCAAACAGUUGGCAACAUCGGCGGAAUCUCAAAUGAGGUUUGGUUGGCCCGAAUAUUUGGGCUCUCUGGGGUCUAUUCACGAUUCGUUUAUGGAAGAGAUUGCUGACUCGACUAUCGAAAAACUGCAAUCGAGGCGACUGAUCCGAACAGAGUUGCAAGACAGUGUUUUCCUGGUGCCUCGGGAUUGUCUGACUGCAUCAGAUGAGUUUCGUGACGCCACUGGUGGACUGCUUCUCACCGAGGGCACAUACGCUCAGCGAGUGAGAUCGAAUGCCUACUCUGACAAGUCAGCAAAGGCGCUCUCCAUACUGGGUGUCAAUCCGUUCCAGAUUUCGCAGUUCGUGGAGUUGUUGGACCAAUAUAUUUCAGCGAAUAUGGAAAGUUUCACAUCAAAGGCGACAGAAUGGCACUCCCGCGUUGCGAAUCUUCUCUGCAAUCAUUUCUCAAACGGAGACUAUCAGUCAAAUUCACCCGAAUUUCAGGCCUUCAGAUCUCUGCAGAUCAUCCCGUUGGAUGACGGCUCAUGGGUAUCUGGUGCUUCUUGCGAAACUGAAAAGGUCUUUAUGGAUCGGGGUCGCCGCAUCGUCCUCCCCACUGGCUUCCACUUUUGCUUCGUUCAGGCAUCGGCUGCCUGUGAUCAUGACCGCAGACAGCUCUACCAACUGUUAGGUGUCAAAUCAUGUGAUGAGACAGAGAUAUGCAAGAUGAUACUCGAUUCCCAUGCAACAAUGGAAGACUUGCCACCUUUGGAAGUCCUUAUCUCGCAUGCGAUGUACAUAUUCCGCGCUCGCUACCAACCUCGACAUGGCAAAUCACUCCGCCUGCGCCUCCUUGACUCCAAUUUUACUACUCGAUACCGGGAGAGAGUCCACCUUCCUUUUGGGACACAAGGAAGGGCUCUCAGACGGCUUUUUGCCGACGAUUUUGCUGGUAUCAUUUGGCUUCAUCCAGACUACGAAGAUAGCGUAAAGCAAGACGAAAGACAAAGCUGGUUCCAAUUUUUAUGCAGUAUAGAAGGAGUAGACCGGUUACCUCCUCUUCAUUCAGGUGGACGACUCUCUGAUGCAAUGAGGCAUAUUCUGAUGAGAAAUGGAUCGAAGGAAUUUCUCUGGCUUCUGAAGACGCAAUAUCCUUCAGGCUAUGGUGAUACGUUUGGAGAUUCGCACACCCGGGAAGCUCAAACACUCACAGAGGAUAUCAGCAACAUUGAGGUAAGCACCGAUCAAGGUGUGCAGAAACUGUGCGAGACGAUAUUGCCGUCUUUGUCACCUGUCAGCCUGGGUCUUCUCCCUGUUCUACAGCUGGUUGGUCCGAAAAACACGGACUGGGGCUUUCUCCGCAAAUUUGGAGUACAGACUGAGCUCUCGCCGGACUAUUUUGUGAAACAGCUCCGGGCGUUGAAAGAAAGCAAUGACCAGGGACCAGUGAGGGCAAUGGCUACAUUUGUUUACAAAGCCAUUGCAGCAUAUCCAGGCUUGGAUAGCUCAAAACUGGCGAGUUUCCAUACCGAAAGUUUGAUAUACGUCGAUCCUGGAGGGUGGGUUUUGCCGAACGAGUGUGUCUGGGGGGCAUCGUUUCCCUGCACGAAGGUGGCUGUUCUCUCCAGACUCUAUCGUGGGUGUGACAUUCUUUUCCAGGCUCUUUUGAAAGUCAGGGACGCAGGACUUGAUGAUUUAAUCUCAGAGCUUGAAGGCAUGGAGUCAACAGAAGAGCUUGACCGAACCAAGCUUUUGCGCCGGAAUAUGUUGCCUGCUCUGAACUCCUUCCUAGACAAGGCUUCACUAUCAAUAGCUCAAAGACAACGAUUGCUUCCGCUUCACAUUUUUCCAGUCACUCAAAGUGAGUCCAAUGAUCCCACGCAAGCUGCACAAUUCCUCCGAGCCGAAGACACGUUCUGGAUUGCGGACUUGAACUUUCUGAAAUCAAAAUUCGAGGGACUUUUGCCAUUGCUUGAUGUGACUGGAAAACUCUUCAAAUCAUCAAUGCACAACGUUUUCAAAAAGUUGUCGAUGGACUCCAAGCGUUUGUCUCAGAGCGUCCGGAAAGAAGAGAAUCAGAAUCAACCAGACCAAGGGGAUACAUCCGAAGUAGCGGAUCCUGCGCUUAGCGAUAGGCUCCGAAGGCAGAGUCGAUACAUCAUUGGCAUCGUGCGUCAUGAGAACAAACUUGGACGGCGAGCCGAGCAGGUGACGGCGAGGCUUAGCAACAUGAGGGUUUUUCGGGUUCCAGACAUAACCGUCAGGCGAUACGUUCUUGAUGCCAGCAUAAAGAGGUACGGCCGCGAUGAGCAGGGAGAGGUCCUCAUGUUAGACGCAGACGAAGAACUACAUAUCAAGAUCCGGCGAGAUUCAGAGACCAUGGACAUCAUAGUCCCAUUAUCAGAACGUUUCGCGGAGCACUUUGACUUGGAAGACGCCAAUCGCGAACUUCUUGUGAAAGUCCUCACAACCGAGAAAGUCGAGCAGUUCAUCGAACGACUCGAAAGAGCAGGUAUCAAGACCGAUCCAACAAGUGUCGUUGAGGUUGUGGCCGAGGACAGCCAGGACGAAGAGUCCGAUAACGGUGCACUUGCUGAAGAUCCUAGCGACGACCUCGGUUUGGCUUUCCAAAGUUUGCACAUUGAAGACCCUAGCGACGACCUCGGACUGGCUUUCGAAAGCUUGGACAUCGGCAAAGAGGGGGCUGAUACGAGUAGUCGUGGUUCAGACGAAGAAUCUUUGGGAUCACCGCAACGCAGGCCUCCACAAACGCCGAGCUCACAGGGACGACGAGUAGUACGCAAUGAUACGGCCAUCUCCUCGCCAUUCUCAACGAGAAAACGGUUGGGCGGCCAGGCUGCCUUCACCAGUAGGGCAAGAUCAGAUGUUGUCGCUACAGACGAGGCGGAGACUGCUACGGACGAGAACAUUGUGCGCUUGACUUCAAGCGUGAUUGACGCAAAGCUGUCCGACUCUACUCGCGAGGUCUUCCGCAACUGGGUUACGCCUCCUACUCCCUCCCCUCCUUUUCCUCCUCCUCCUCCUCCUCCUCCUUCGGGAGCAGUUCCCGGCACGUCUCCAGUGCCCGCCUUCGGCGGCAAAGCCACCGCCUUUGAAUUCAACUUCAAUUCACCAAUUCCCCAGUCUCUUUCGAACAACCCAGAUACCGGCGGGGGCAGCAGUUUAUCGGGGUCAAACGAUACGUCAGCAGCAACGUCGCGCCAUAUUGCCAACAACUUGGCAGAGGUCCAAGCAGAUUUGGAUGAUGAUGAUGAUGAUGAUGAUGAUGAUGCGCCAUCACCAUCUUCUUCGAACCAUUCUUUACCCGACGUUUCAUUUGUUAGAACCCCCACGAAUGUUUUUCGACAAUCGAAUUUCAAGAGGUCGUCUGGACGACCUCCCAGGAGCAGCUAUGGUGGUGGAAGCGGCUUUGUCGCUCCUCAGGAGUCCCCAUCUGCGGCCAUACCACAUGAGAUUGGAUUUGCUGGAGAACAACUGGUAUACAAGUUUCUGGAAGACAAGCUGUCACCAUUCUUCACGCCAGAGAACUGGACCAGUAGAGGCCGGGCGAAAGCCUUUCCGAAUGUUCCAUUCAGCCACGACUUCCGCGAAAAGGACUUUGCCGACUUCACCUACGCCGACACCCACGGGCGCCUGCGCAAGUAUUUGAGCGAGCACGUCCCAAACUUUGAGAGUCCAAGCGACCAACAAAACGACAUCGUCACCUACCACUUGGAGGUCAAAUCUACCCUGGGCGGCCUACACUGCCCAACGUUCCUGAGUAACAACCAGAUCUCCAUGGCGAAGAAGUACUCGGGGCGAGGAAUUCCGAGCACGCCGCCGCAGCCGUCGCCGGCAGCGGCCACCACCACCUCCCAGACCGAUGCGUACAUCCUGGUCCGAGUCUACGGACUCGGCUCGGACCCUCCUCGACCGCAGUUGUGCCUGUUUCCGGAUCCUUGGAAUCUCAUCUGCCAGGAUUCUCUGCUCAUCGAAGGCGAAGCUGGGAUUUACGUGCGACCGAAAGUGAUGACCCCGUCCUGAGCAGUCGGAUUGCAUCACGUUACGCGCGAACUAGACUGGGGCAAGAUGCAGCGUCGAGCUGCGGACGGCGCCAUUUUAUGUCUCGGAGGGCUCAACAUACUCGGAAGAGGUCAAAACACAUCGCCAAUGAUGGAGUGGAGUCGCGGGAGCAAUGGGGCGACGGAUGAGUCAGUGAAAGGGCCGUGGAAAGAGUGUUAUUCGGGAAUUGUACGAAGUGUAUAUACCGUAGAUAUAUAGUCCUCUCACCUCUAUAGAUGGUAGUAUGGCC